AUGGAGGUUCAGAUCUAUCACCAGAACCUCCUCUUCCCCUAUGGAUUUGAGAUGGAUGGGUACUUUUUAUAUAGUAUGAACGCCAACAGGGCUAGGAGCCACUCAUUUGUGCAUAUGUCGGAGACUCGUCGCACUCGUUGGGCCAUUCACCACCUCUCCAAGUUGAACGGUGGAGUGUCCGUGCCCAAGGAUGGAGUCUCAAGCAGGGCGUGCAGGAGUGCACGGGCGCACUCAAAAAAGGUCUACCCCGAGGGGACUCACAUCGUCAUCCCCUGGUUCGAGAGGCCCAUCAUCUACGACGUCCGCGCGCGACCCAACCUCGUCGAGAGCACCUCCGGGAGCCGGGAUCUCCAGAUGGUGAGAAUUGGUCUUCGUGUUCUUACACGACCCAUGCCAGAGAGACUACCAACUAUGUACAGGACCCUGGGGGAGAACUACAAUGAGAGAGUGCUGCCUUCAAUCAUUCAUGAAACACUCAAAGCUGUGGUUGCCCAAUACAAUGCCAGUCAGCUAAUCACACAGAGAGAGGCUGUGAGCAGGGAGAUCAGGAAGAUUCUGACAGAGAGGGCGAAGAACUUCAACAUCGCUCUGGAUGAUGUGUCCAUUACCAGUCUCAGCUUUGGUAAGGAGUUCACUCAUGCCAUUGAAGCCAAACAGGUUGCUGCUCAGGAAGCUGAGCGUGCCAAGUUCAUUGUUGAGAAGGCUGAGCAAGACAAGAAAAGUGCAAUUAUCAGGGCACAGUGCUAUGUUCAUAUGACUGAAUUUAGUGUCAGACUAAACAUUUUCUAUGUUCCAGAGGGAGAGGCAAAGAGUGCAGAGCUGAUUGGUAAUGCCAUUGCCAACAACCCUGCUUUCGUGGCGCUCAGGCAGAUUGAAGCCGCCAGGGAGAUUGCCCACACCAUCGCAGCCUCCAACAACAAGGUGUUCCUCGACUCGGGCGACCUGCUGCUUGGGCUCCAGUCGCUCAAGAUGUUGAACAACAACAAGAAAUGA